AUGGAUUUAUCUGACUUUUCAAUUAAAGUUAAAAGGGGCAAUUCCCACAGGUUUCAAUACGAAAUUGAUGUUGUGUAUAAAGACAGAAAGUGGUCAAGAUAUAGAACAUUCAGUGAAUUUGAGCAGUUGUACGAAGACCUUGUCAAUUCUGAUUUUUGCGACGUUCCAAUCUUACCAGAUGUUAAUCUGGCCGCGGGCCUGGCAGCUCUUGAAGACCUACACAAUGCGGAAAACUAUUUAAAUUCUUUUCUAAACGAACUUUUUUCUAGAGCCGAUACGAGGUGUAGUCGCCAUCUAUUAGAAUUUGUUGAUUUGAUUCACUAUUUGGAAUACGUUCCGGAUCCUCCAAAAGCCAAAUUGCUCUCUUCUUCUCCAGCCGCUAACCUUUCAGUCUCAGACUGUUUACUCCUAGAGGAUCAUAACCUAAUAAUAGUUGCUUACGAAGAAAAAACAUUUAUUUGUAAGGUCGGGAAGCUGUGGUCAUUUAUCGAAAAGGACAUACUCGGACUUCUGAGAAUAUUCAAAUACGGUAUGUGUGUAACGGCUCAUGAUUCCGCAGAUAAUGUUCAGUACGAGUUCACACAGUUGUUGUCCUUGGAUUUCACGCACAAAGUUAGGUGCCUGUGCCUCCACGAAGAGACACAAACCUUGUUCAUUGGCACCGACUUAGGUGAUAUGGAACGGUACCGUCUAGUGGUCGGCGAGAGUGUAAUGUUGGAGUUCAUUGACUCCAUUAAACUUCACGAAAACGCAAUUCUGGCGAUCACAUUGUAUGAUAAUCACGUUUACACCUCAGGGUACGACGGAAACAUAAGGAAGGUGGAAAUUAACAGUAACAGAGUUGUGGGAGGGGGAAAGUUAAAUAAGAGGCUAAAGGGAGGAAAAUUGAUGACUUCCACGGUGAAUGAUAAUAUUAUGUUAAUCGCAACCACAAACAACGAAUUAUUCUCGUACUAUAUGGAAAGGGAGAUACCGAUCCACGUUAACACGACGAACGUGUUCGAGCCUUGUAAUAUUAGGAAAAUACUCCCGUGUGACAAAAAUGUUUUUGUUUCUCACGGAAACACUGUUUCCUGCUUUUCAUACAGCAAGGUGCAAGUGAACUCCUCGGGAAAUCUGAGGACUAAAAGACUGGAGUCUGAGGAGAUCGAGUUAUCGACGAUGUGUAGGAAGGAUAACAUCUACAAGGAUGUGGACGUGCUUGUUAAGGUGCCCUCGAACACGAGAUGCGCCCAGUUCUCGCCAAACGACUCGGAAUCACUUUUGUAUUCAGGGCAAAUAUACUCGAUUUUAAUUCGACCCAGAAGCAAGCAGUUGAUCGCAGCACACGACGAAAUUAUUUCAAUUUGGUGUACAAACUCGGGAAAAUUGCUAUAUGCCUGGUACGCACAUCCGGAUGAGCAAGUACACUUUAUUCAACUUCUAAGGGAGGACGAUUUGCUAAUAUCGGGAGGCUCAGAUGGACAAAUUAAGCUCUGGAGGCUCCCAGACGAUGAAAAGUUAAAGUGA